AUGUUCAGUGGAUUUGGCGGAGGCUCUAAUCGCAGCAGUGGAUCUUCGCAUGGAUCAAAGGAGCAGCCGGCACAGAAUACGCUUCCGCAGCCUAAAGGAAAUGCCAAUAGUGCUGGUAAUGGCUACUCAUUUGAUCCAUCAGGUCUGGAGCGUGCCGCCAAAGCCGCUCGGGAGCUGGAGAAUUCGCGUCACGCCAAGGAAGCGUUUAGCUUGGCUAAGGAGACAGAGCACUCUAAACAGAUGGAAAGCCAGGCCAAAAUUAAGGAGAAUGAGGCGUUAUACAAACAGUACGAGAUCGUGCGCGUGCAGAAGGAGGGCGAGGAACGCCGAAAGACGCUUGAAGAGGAGACGCGCCAGCACCAGCAGCGUGCACAGUACCAAGACCAACUGAAGCGGAAGCAGUAUGCUGAUCAGCUAGCUGCUCAGAAAUAUAUGAAAGAGCAAGAGCUACAAAAGCAGGAGGAGAUUCUUGCCCGUCAGGAAGCUUCGCGUCGUAAAACGCUUGACUAUGAGGCCAAGCUACGUCAGAAGACAGAGCUCGCCAAAGUGGCGGCCGAAACCGAGGGGCGCAUUAAACAGGAGCGUCUGAACCACGAUUUGCACCUGGAAGAAGCCCGUGUGCGCGCCAAGGAGUACCGUGAGACGAUCAUGGAAGGUAUUAAGCUUGCGGGGAACACAUUUGGCUCCGGUAUCAUGGCAUUUGUGGACGAUAAAGAAAAACUUACGACUACUGUUGUCUCCUUGACGGCCCUGGCUGCUGGUAUAUAUACCGCUAAGGUUUCCACUAGCGUUGCGGGCAAGUACAUUGAGGCUCGAAUGAGCAAGCCGUCACUUGUUCGAGAGACUUCACGCCGCUCGGCUGCACAGGUCGUGGCAAACCCUAUUCCGUCCAUUAAGCGUGCUUUGCGUCUACAGAAGGCGACGGAUGCGUUGAAAGGUGUCGUGCUUGAGCCUAAGCUGGACGAGCGUCUGCGUAGCAUCGCUGUGUCUACAUAUAACACGAAAAAGAACCGUGCACCGUUCCGUCACUUGCUUCUGCAUGGCCCACCCGGUACGGGCAAGACGCUGUUCGCCAAGGCACUGGCACGUCACUCUGGCUUGGAGUACGCCAUCCUCACGGGUGGCGAUGUUGCUCCAUUGGGCCGCGAGGGCGUGACGGAGAUCCACAAGUUGUUCGACUGGGCUUCGCACAGCCGUCGCGGUCUGCUGUUGUUCGUUGAUGAAGCUGAUGCAUUCUUGCAGAAGCGUAGUAACACCGUCAUGAGUGAGGAUAUGCGCAACGCAUUAAAUGCCUUUCUGUACCGUACAGGUGAGGCCAGCGAUAAGUUCAUGAUUGUAUUCGCCAGUAACCAGCCGGAGCAGUUUGACUGGGCUAUUAACGAUCGUAUUGAUGAGAUGGUGGAGUUUCGCCUGCCUGGAUUCAAUGAGCGUGUACGUAUGCUAAAGCAGUACUUUAACGAUUACAUCCGCGCUCCAAAGAACUCGCGUGCCAAGAAGAUUUAUGUAGAAGGCAUCGAGGAGUCGGACUUUGAGGAUUUGGCUGCACGCAUUGAGGGUUUUUCUGGUCGUGAGCUGUCGAAGCUUGUAAUUGCUUUCCAAGCCGCGGCGUACGGCUCGCCAACGUCCGUGUUCGAUAAAGAGAUGAUGAUGCAGGUCCUGGAGCAUCAUCUCACGGCACAUUCGCAGAAGGAGGCGUGGAAGAAAUACGUCACCCCCAGUGAAAAACGCGAUAUAAUCAAGACAAUUUUGGCGGACUAA